AUGGCCUCGGGGUGCGUGCUUCAUGACGCGCUCACGCUGCCACUCAACACUGACUGCGCCGAGUUCUGCCCCCUGGAGGGCCGGCAGUCGCUGCUCGCGGUGGGCACCUACCAACUGGUGGAGGGCGAGCGGCCGCGUCGAGACGGCGGCAUCAACUUGUACGAGGCGGUCGAGGGGGGGAGCGGGGCGCGAUCUCUGCAGCCGCGCGGGGAGCUGGACCUCGGCGGCGUCUUCGACAUCAAAUGGGUGCCGCGGUGGGUGGGGACGGAGGACCCACUGCUGGGGGUCGCUCUCGCGGACGGGUGCGCGGCGGUUUGCGCGGCAUCGGAGGCAUCAGGUGUUGAGAAAGUGUGCUCGAGCACCGGUCUGCUGGAGUCUGGCAUGGCCCUGUCCUUAGACUGGUCGCCGAGGGCUGCUGUGGAUGUGCCAACGAUUGCUGUGAGCUCCUCCGCUGGGGAGCUUGCAACAGCGCGGCUGCUGAGUACUGGGCUGGAGGUGCUGUCAAAAUGGAAAGCCCACGAACUUGAGACUUGGGUGGUAACUCAUGACCGAUGGAAGCGCUGCUUCGGCAGUGGACGAAUGCCCUCAACGCGGCUGGUCUGA